CUAAGUUUUGCCGUUCAGUUACGGCCUAACGAACGUGCUCCAUAUACUCGGACCUACCUAAUUGUACAAAUUGAUAACAUAGUAAUAAUUAAAGGAUUAGGAUUAUAUUUAUUUUCCUUAUGAAAAACGGCAGUUAUUUUCGUGGGGCCUAAUAAUAUAGCCGACAAAACAAUAUCUUCAAGCAAGAUGAUAAUAUUGUUAGUUUUGGCAUUGUUGCCAUUCACCACGGCUCUUCAGAAUGGGUUGGCGCUCACGCCGCCCAUGGGUUGGCUGACCUGGCAGAGGUUCCGAUGCAUCACGAAUUGUCAGAAAUACCCUAGUGAAUGCAUAAGCGAGGAUCUUAUAAAGCGUACAGCAGACAUAAUGCUGAGCGAAGGUUACUUAGACGCUGGGUACAAUUACGUAGGUAUCGACGAUUGCUGGCUGGAGAAGACACGCGACAAGAGGAACAGGCUAGUCCCCGACCGGGAACGAUUCCCCAACGGUAUGAAAGCUAUCGGAGAUUAUCUUCAUAACAAAGGUUUUAAGUUCGCUCUAUACCAGGAUUACGGUAAUAAGACCUGUAUGGGUUACCCCGGAGUUCUUGGUUACGAGGCAAUUGACGUACAAACUUUCGCAGAGUGGGAUGUUGAUUAUAUAAAACUUGACGGAUGCUACGUUGAUAUUUCUAAAAUGGAUACGGGAUAUCCAUAUUUCGGAAAACUUAUGAACGAAUCCGGUCGUCCGAUGGUAUAUUCUUGCAGUUGGCCUGCUUAUCAGAAAAAGCCGGACUACGACUCGAUCGCAGAGCAUUGCAAUUUGUGGCGGAACUGGGACGACAUACAGGACUCCUGGAGCUCUCUCUCGUCUAUCAUGACCUGGUUUGCUGAGAACCAAGACACAAUUGCUCAAUACGCUGGCCCGGGGAGAUGGAAUGACCCAGACAUGUUGAUCAUAGGCAAUUUCGGAUUAUCAUUGGACCAGGCGAAAGUGCAAAUGGCUAUUUGGUCAAUACUGGCCGCCCCUCUAUUCAUGAGCGUUGAUCUGGCAACCAUUCGACCGGAGUUCAAGGAGAUUUUGCUGAACCGGGAUAUUAUUGCCAUAGACCAGGACUCGCUUGGCAAACAGGGGCUGAGGGUGUGGAAUAAAUCGAUGACUGAGAUAUGGAGCAGAGAGCUAUCAGACGGCUCGUAUGCGGUGGCUUUUGUGAACAGACGCGAUGACGGCACACCCACCGUUAUGAAGGCUUCUUUUGAAGUUAUGAAUUUACCAGAACAGACGUAUAAAGUACAGGAUCUGUAUAAAGAAGACGAGGACAGGUUUUUCGGACCAGAUGGAGAGUUCUAUACACGAGUGAAUCCGUCAGGUGUAAAAUACUUUAAGUUCGUACCAAAGAUAUCAAAUGACGUUGAAGAAAAAACCUACUUCACAAGCAGAAUCUAAAUAAGAUCUAAGUAUACUAAGCGAUAGAUUUGUGUUCAUAUAUGUUAGGUUAAAGGUUAUAUAGUUCGCACGCCGAAUGAUGGAUCCCUAUGACGUUUCAACUGACAGUUGUAUUAGUGAUGCGAAACAAUUUCAUAACAGUCAUAACCUAAAGUCGAUAACAGCUUGGCGACUUAAUUUAGAUGCAAAAGUUACGCCAUAUAAAUAAAGGUUAUAUAAAAAAAACAUACAUACAGCCGAACGUAGAACCUCCUCCUUUUUGGAAGUCGGUUAAUAAGCUAUUCCAGUGAAUAGAUAUUUCGAAUUCGUCAUAUAAGUUAUUAUUAUGUAUUUUAGGUAUAGUAAUAUAGUUUACUAAGAUUUA